AUGGUCAUAAUCUCAAGGGAUAUCAGUACUCUAAAGAAGCAGGCAAAAGCACUGAAGAAGCAACUCAAGGCACAACGAAUCCAACUGGAUGCAAUACAAACUGAACUGGAUGCACAGCAAACUGACCUGGAUGCAAUACAAACUGAAGUGGUUGCAAUACAAACUGAAGUGGAUGCACAGCAAACUGACAGGGAGGCGCUCAAGGCCCAACUCAGCUCCAUCCAGGCUGUAACCAGGCCACAAAACCGUCUGCAAGCCACCAUCCCCUAAAACCCAUUUUUUCCCUUUUCUUGUGAAAACCUUCUUUUUCACUUUGCUCUCCCCCUUUCCACUUUGAGUUGUACAUAUUUUUUUCCUGGCCGGGAUUUUUUAAUUUUUUUACAU